AAACAAGAAUCGACGCUUGCGAGAUCGUCGUCGAGGUAAACAGCGUCGCCCGCGAUACGUCGCAGGCGUUUCGACGCUAAUGUAUGCCGCACAACAAGGAGAUGUCGAUGUCGUUAGAAAAAUUAUUGGGGUUGAGAGCUCUUCACUUUUUCAACGAGAUCGUACCGGUAAAACUGCUCUGCAUUAUACUAGUACCAGUAGUAGUCGUUGUGCUUCACAAGCAGCGGAUCUCAUGGUCAUGGCUGCUCCCGAAUUGGUAGAUGGUAGGGACGAGGAUGGGUUUACGCCGCUACAUCUAGCGGUAAUUGCCGGUAACAUGCAAUUAGUUACUUUUCUUUUAGCUAACGGGGCCGAUGUCAAUGCCGUCGAUAAUGAAAAACACACCGUUGUUCAUUGGGCUGCCGUUUGUGGGGAAACGGCUGCACUAAGGGCAGUACUAGCUGCAGGAGCGAACGUUUCAACUCCAGACGUCCAUGGGGGGUAUCCUCUACAUUACGCUGCUCAAAUGUGUGGGGGAGAUCGCGAUUCAAAUUUGGGUAUGCAAGUGCUCCAAACCCUUCUUUCGCACCCGGAGAUAAAAGUCUCCGAAACGGACGUCGAUAAAAGACAACCGCUAUUAUGGGCCGCUAGCGCCGGUUCCUCUAGAGCCGUACUAGCUUUAAUUAGAGCUGGAGCUAAUGUGGAAGCUAGCGAUGAAGAUGGUCUAACCGCUUUACAUUGUGCAGCCUCGAGAGGUCAUACCGAUUGUAUGGAUACCUUGUUAACUUUAUGCGGAGCUUCGGUGGAUGUUAUAGACACCAAUGGUUGUACCGCUUUACAUUACGCCGUUACUUUGGGACACGCAGAUGCUACGGCUCUUCUUCUAGCUCACGGAGCCGAUCCUAAUCGACAAGAUCGGAAAGGCAGAAGCCCAGCGCAUUGCGGUUGCGCCAAAGGACAAUUCGAAACUGUUAAAUUAAUUGGUGUACAUGGGGCUAAUUUAUGGUUAAGGAACGCGAGAGGUGAUUUACCUCUUCACGACGCAGCUGGUAACGGUAGAAGAGAAUUGGUUAAGUGGCUUCUGGAGAUGAGACCUAGUCAAGUAAACGCCAGAAAUAAUGACGGUAGAUGUCCGUUACAUAUGGCGGCGCUUAACGAUAACGCCGACAUGUGUAAGAUUCUAUUAGACAAUGGCGCUCAAGUAAAUCCAGUUCUUCGUACUUCGAAAAAUGUUUUUAUGACACCACUAGAUUGCGCUCUUCAACGAGGCUACAGAUCCACUGCCAAAUAUUUGCAACUCCAAGGAGGAGUACCGGCUAAUAGACUCAACGACCCCAAACAAAGUAAUAGUGCCUUAAAUUUCCAUAUCAGAGACGACGUUACAUUCUACGGAGACGUUUCUUCGGAAAGCGAAAAAGAAAUUAAAAAAACCGUUAAAAAGAAAAAAGUUUCGAUGUCUAGUAGCGAAAUAUCGGAAAGAGAAAAAUCCACUAAAAGUAGAAUCGAUUAUAGUAACGAAAUAACUAUUAACGGUAAAACUGAAGUGAAAAUUUCGGAAAAUAAGGAAAUUAUAUUCGAUAAAGAGUCAGUUCAAACUCAAACAUCAGCCAAACUUAGAGAAAAUUCUAAACGAGAUAAAUCAGCACAAUCUUCUUUAAACAAAGAACCGAUGAUCAGUAUAUCAAGUCAAGCUACCGUCUCGAAGAUAGAUCACAGCACUUGUACUACUACCGAAGAAAUUAAUCAACAAUCUACCAGUGAAGAAAAUGAAGAAACUAAAAAAGAUAUAUUGGUAGAAGCUGCCAUACAUCCCCAACCAAAAUCAAUACCAGAUGAUAUUAUUAACGAUAUUAAUGAAGAAAAUGUUGAUGUUAUAGAAAAGGUACAAGAAGAUAUCGAUGUUGUAGUCGAAAAAGAAAAAUUAACAAAAAAUAUUGAAAAUCUGAACGAAAUAUCGAAUUACGAAAAAAUAGAAGACGAAACUCAACCAGAUUUAGGAGAUUUUGUACAAAUAACUGAUAAAAAAGAAAUAGAAAUUGAAGAAGAAGCUAAAAAGAUCGAAAAUGAAGAAUCGAGUUCGUCGGACGACGAUGAAUUCUCGUCUAAAUCUCAUAAGAGCUUUCGAGUUUUGCGAGACGAGGAAUCAAACUAUUCAACUGCAAACAAAACGAGAUCAAAAUCACUCGAUAAAAAAUCGAAAAAAGAUAAAUUAAAAAGUAAAAUACCGACUCCACUAUUCAAAAGUACGUUAUCUAAAAGCGAUAGACAUUUAAACGAGUUUUACAAAGAAACUAAUUUAGAUACGAGAAUUCCGUCGUUGCCGAACAUUCGAGAUGAGAGAAAUACGAUACGAGAACAUGUUAGAUGCGAUUCCAACAUGUCGGCGCCGAUGCUCACUUCGAUUUUAAGCGAUAAAGAUAAAGAUAGUUUAUCUGAAAUGGAAGACGAGAUCGGUACGAAAACGAAACGGUUCGUUAAGAAGAGAUCCAGAACUCGCGAAGCGAGAAGCGCCGGAAGCGAUUACGAAAGUAGUAAUUUGAUAGAUUCCGGUUUCGAACCGAGUCCGAGAAGUACUAGAACCACGAAAUGGAAAAAUAUGUCCGAUAGGGGCGUCAAUAUGGCAUCCGUUACACAAAAUAUUCAAACGAAUAUAAGAAGAUACCAUCUCGAAAGGAAGAUAUUUCAGCAACUACUCGAACUGAAACGUCACCAGAUCCGAGCCGGUCAACACAACGAAGCCGUUUUAGUCAAAAGAGCCAUUGAAGCUUAUCACAAAUCUUGCGCUUCGACUGUAGGCGUCGGCCGUUAUACAACCGAAGAUUACACAUUCAAAAGCUUUGAAAAAUUCUUAUACGAAGCUCUGAGGAAAUUACAGAAAAACGGCGCCGAAUAUAUGCGCGGUCUUCCCGCCAAUCCCUUGUUAUGUACCAAAAGUACCAAUCGAUGUAUGCACGCCGCGCACGCGUACACCGGCGUUCCUUGCGCGGCUUAUCUACCGAAAAUGGAUCAUCACUCGAUACCGAAAAUUGGUUUCGAUUCAGUGGAUUGUAAACCGGGUACCGGCCGGUUUUUACCGACGAUUAACCCUAAAAAAACGGUAACUUUGGAAUUAACCCACGGGACUGAUAAACAAGUUAUUUCUUUACCUACCAAUAAACUUGAUCAAAACAAAAGGUACUACGUCACUUUUACCGUUAAAGGACACGAAGCAAUCUCCGAUGAUAGUAAUACUGAUAAUAAAAAAGUAUCGGCUCAUAAACAUUCGAAAAGCGAUUAAAAUCGAUUGUAUUACGUAAUAAUCGAUUUGUGGUAAGUAUCGUAAACUGUUCUAGCUUUUGACAACUAUAAUUUUACGUUCUGUGCAGCUAACUACAAGUUCCGUGUCAAUUGACGUCGUGUUCCGUCCUACAAUGUAUCAUCGUAUUAGUCGUUUCGAAACUUCGGCCAUAUUGUCUCGUAUUCAAGAGCUUUUUUCGUUUAAAUGGCGGCUGGUUGUAACGUAACGACUUAUAAUCAGACGAAAUUUAUUUAGUACGAGUCCUAUUUUUAACUAAAAAAAUUGUUGUUUUCGAAUUUUAAAAGUGUUUGAAGUUGUUGUUUACUUUCGCACAACACUGUAUAGUAGUGUAACGGGGUGUAACAAAAAAGUAGGUGACAAAUUGGACCACACUUUCUUCCGUUGCAACGGAUAUGAAUCUCUUUGAGUAAAUGUGCACAAAAGAAAGUGCACAGCUCUCGAAAGAUCAAUUUUGAAUUGAAAAUUUUGAAAGUUUUUUUAUAGCAGUAUCUGUAAAAGAACAGUGAAGAAAUUGAUAGUCUUUAAAUACUUCCCAAAUCUUCACAAAGGGUUUCCGUUUUCCAGAAUACAUAUUUUUCAACGUUUUUAAUUGGUUUCUGAUGAAAUUCAGUUGAAAUUUCAUUGAUUCGCUGCCUUUUGCUUGAUGUCUUCGAUUAUCUCACCUAAAGACGCUUCUUCUUCAACAAAACCACCAAAAAAGUCAUUGGGGUUGAGAUCUGGUUUUCUAGGUAUCCAAGACGUAAGUUUCUUACGGAAUCUAAUUGAAAUUUCAUUGAUUCUUCGAUUAUUCCUAUUAAUUUGCUUCAUCUAGUUUCAUCUAAUUUCUAUAGAUCCCAAUUUAUAUUUUCCAAGUGUUUUCCUUCUAAAAACACGUGGUAAAUUAAAUAUCUAUCUUUUUAUUACACCCUGUAUAUUGAUAACGAAUUGUACGUUGAAAAGGAGUUUAUUUAUUUGAACAUUGAUAUAAUGUAUAUAUUUUAAAUUUUCGUUAAGAAUUUCGUUGUUAUUUUUCUAUAUUUAUUACGUUGGCAACUUCACUGAUUGAAACACCCUGUAUAUAAUUAUAUCUAUACAGAUUUGGACUCUUGUUUUUUAUUUUAUCAGUAAAGCUGCCAGCUGUGGUUAUCUAAAUUACGAGGGUGCCUGAAAAGUAUUCGACUUAAUAAUAAUAAUUAUAAACUUAGUUCUAGCCUUUUUUAAAAUUAUUCCUCUACCUAGUAAUAGGAAAAAGUCUAUGGGGGAUAGAUAAGGCUAACCAAUUCGAAAUUUAAUGAAGACUAGAAAAGUUAGAAGAGUUAAAAAAAAUAUAAAACAUCCAAAUAUAAAAAAAAUUAAAAAAGUUGUGGUCGGAAAACUUUACAGACAAACCUUGUAUUACGGAAUACGUUUUAUUUGAAUUGGACUGGAAUAAUUCCAACAAAAUUUUAAUAAAACAUUAUAUUUCAUUAAUAGACUUUUUUUCACCUAAAUCUGCUACAUAAUCCUUAAUUUCCUUGGCAUUUCCAAUAUCUCCUGUUUUUCAACAAUUUUUCCAAAUUUUCUUAUCAAUUCUGCUAAAUUUUCUAAACAUUUUAAUUUAAAAUUCUUACGCUUACAUAUUUUACAUUAUGGUUCGUACAAAGCUAAAAUUAUAGAAAAUUUUAUGCCCUAUAACAAUUUGAAAGUAGUUUUUCGAAAAAAAAAAAAAUGUUUCCAGCCCCUAAUAUUUCUAUAGAUUGUCGAAAAUUCUGGAAAUUCGAAAUGGUGGUCACGUAAACUAACUGUCUAAUUCCGCUGUCAAAUUUGACACUUCAAUUCACUUAUUGACAUUUUUUCAUAACCUCAAUAUAUCAGUUUUGAAAAGUAUUUAUAUGGAAACUAUACGUAAUUAUUUUGAAGAAAGAUUUAUUAAUUAUUGUAAAAACUGAUAAUUGGAAACAAAAUUAUAUAAAACACACGUUUAGGGUGCCCUCUUGGCGGGCGGUCUCCUUAUUUAAUAGCAAGACCGAAUUACGUGAAUACUUUCAUUGAUUUUAAGAUGUAAGAUGUAAGAUUUCGAGAUGUAGGAUAUGAAAAAAAAUUCGAAAAAUCGAUUGGGGAUUGGAUU